UCCCUGAAGUGGAGAAGUAAAUGACUUCUCAAACUCCCAAACCCAGUCCUGUUCUACUUUUCUAGCCAUCCCAGAAGUCUCGCGAUGUUGGGCCUCUGUGCUUAGAAACUCUUGGAACUACUUUAGGACAGAUACUCGGAAGAACACCCUGUGAUAUUUUAAUAAAACAUAUGGUUAGUUUAUUAAAUGUCUGUCCGGGCUAUCUUGUAAAAUAACAGAAGAGUCAACUGGAAUAAAUAGAAGAAAGAAAAAAAGAGGACAAGGAACCCAUUUUCCCAAUCGUUUAUACGCUUCUUCCGGAAACAAAGUACCAGUUUACCAUGGUCGUCACUAGUUACCACGCCACAAAGUCAUAAACCCCGCCUAUUUCUACAAUGUAUUUUCUUAAAAUUUGAUUUUUAAACCUAACCCUAACAUUGACCACACUGCCAAGCUCAUGCCAAACUCCAACCUUAAAUGAAGGCCAAAAAGCUAAUUUGAGUUUUCAUGAAUUUUUACAGUAUAUCCAUUUUUACUUUGUGUUUUGGGUAACUAGUGGAAACCGUUUACCACCCAAUCAGAAAACACUUGCAUUUUAAAAUGUCGAUUACUUUCUGGUUGGCAGCCGGCACAUUUUUUAAUUUCUGUUCUCAUGAUGAAGGUUUAUCAGUGAGUGGCUAACCUCGAAAUUUGGAAAAAGUACUGCAACAAGCUAGCAAUGCGACUAACUAUUUUCAGAGGUCAGGGGAGCCAGUAUUGUUGCCAGCUCGACUGACUACCACACAGCUAGCUAGCGCGCUCUUUACUGCCUAAUGGGAACCCAAGAUGAUGAGAGAGGUAGUCCAGAUUGGGUGGACGUGGCGAAUGAUAUCCUUAGCAAGUGUCACUUUAACCUGAGACUGAGAAAGGUGACGGACUGUAAUGCCAAUGUUUUUGUCGCCUUGUAUGAGGCCAUCUUGGGGGAGAAAGUCCCAGACUACAUCGCCACCCCGGGCAGUCAGGAUGAUGUCCACAACGUCCAGUCUGUGAUCGACUCUCUGGCUCUGGACUACCUUCAGAUCAGCCUUUCACACAUCACAGGCGAGAACAUUGUACGAGGGGACAAGGAGUCCAUCAAGAACCUGCUGGAGAUCUUUGACGGGCUGCUUGAGUACCUCACCGAGCAGAUCAGUGAAGAGGAGUCGCAAAAUGGAGACAAGGAACCAAACGGUGUUCCUGUGGAGGAUGCCCCCCUCCCUACAGGGCCAGUGGUCCCCCAGACAGAGGAACAGAGGUCCCUAAUGGAGAGAGCCUCCCAGUAUUCUAGUGUGCACUCUGCCGUCCAGUCUAGCAGCAAACAUUCCCUCCACUCUUGGAAUGCGGAGGAGACGGGCUCGACCAAUGAGCUUAUCCUCCUGGGAGACUCCGCCCGCACGUUCACGGCCAAACAAGAAGUGGAAGCCUCUUCCCAAGCCCCGGGCCCCAGCACCACGGGUGCUCCGGGAACGCCAGGCACCCAGGCCACUCUACUGAGGGAGCCCCUGCGCUCAGCCAUCCCCCUGCAGCCCCCAUACCAGACUAUCCCCCACAGGCCCGACAGAGCGCCCCGAUCGGGUAGCCAGUCUCCCCCAGCCAACGGUCUCGGCAGCGGGGCCACAUUGGAGCAGGAGGCACCUGCUGGCACCUCGCAGUCCCCAAGGCCAGUGGCUGACACAGUUACCAAUGGAGUGUCCCCAAGGCCAGCCUUCAACCACUCACCCGUGGAGAAUGAGAAGUCUGUGUCCAGUCAAACCAAGGCCAGGCUAGAGGAGGCCAAGGAGCAGUCGGAACCUACCAGUGUGGGGCCCAGGAGGGUUCUAUUCCGGACACAGCCAGACAUUCAUUUCCUCACCCUGCAGGAUGAGCUGGAGGACAGGGCACCACUGGACACUGAGGAAGAUGAGGAGGAAGAGACCUUCACGCAGCAGGACAGCUGGGCUCACAGGGGGCGGACGGGGCUCAGCAGUAGCAGGGUACUAGAGGAGGAUGAUUGUGAGGAGCCUCUCUCCUGGCGUAGACAGAGAAACAGGAAGGCAGAACAGGAGCUGCACCACAUGUCUGAGAAGCUGUCCCGACAACUAGAGGAGCUGGACCUGAUGUUAAAGAGAGCGCUAGGAGAGAGUGGAGAGCCCGACAAGGUCAAGGAGGAGGACAAACAGUCUCACCACAGUGACAGUGUCAUGGAGUGUCGCAGGCCCCCAAGGAGGCCAACAGGUACGCCGCGAGCACCCACAUCCCCCUGUACCCGCUCCCUGUCCCCCUCCCCUCCCCGGGCCCGCCGCUCCCUUUCAGGUCAGCUAGAGGGCGCCGUGAGAGAGGCGGUGAGUGGAAGGGUCACACAGAGACACACCGCUGCCCGUACGCGCCGACGACAACUCCGCCGUCUACAGCCCCAACACAAACACCGCCAGCUGGAAACAGCCUAUGAGGAGGAGCUGAAAGUGUACGAGGACAGAGAACGGGCUGCUAUGGCCAUGGAACGAACCAGAGCACAGGAGGCGGAGAGGGAGUACAGAGAGGCCAUACUGAGUGAUGUUCCCCGAACCCCCAAACCGUCUCAAGUGUACACCACAGCAGCCCGACACCGCUCCCCCAGGACCAGACAACCGACUCCGGGCCGCAGGCGACAGGACAAAACCAGGAGAGCCCCACCAAUGAAGGUGAAGGACAACGACCUGCUCCCCCUGCUCCUGGAGGAGUUCCCCCACCUGCACCUCUCGCCCCAUGCCCUGGGCAGGAUGUGGCAGCAGCAGCUGGGCCAGGUGGACCGCCUCAACGCCUCCAUCUCCCUGGACAACCAGAGGCAGGGCCCACGCACUAAACUCACCAGCCAGGUGGAAGAGGCUCAGAGGAGACACGACCUGCUGGGGGAGAUCAUCCGCAAAGAGCAAGAACACAACAGACGCCUGAGGGAUUUUAAGGAGCGUAUCCAGCAACAGAAGUCGACUCAGAACCGUCUGAAGGAGCAGAGGCAGCAGAUCGCCCGGGCCAAGAAGUACCACGGUGACUACCACGUCCAGCUCCGAGCACGCAUGAUGAGGGCCCGCACGAAAGAGGAGAGGAUGUUUAAGCAGGUGUUUGAGGAGGGCUUGGAGGUGCAGAAGGCUCGUCUCCGAGAGCAGAGGGCCUACGCUAAGGAGCAGCGCCAGGAGCACCACAAAAAACACCGAGACCAGAUCCAAUCUAUGGAGAACUAUUACAAGGACCAGAACGGGACAGCUGAAAGCUCAUUCCACGCUGUUCUGCCAUCUUUCAGUUUUCAUUAUUGGCCGACACUCUCGCUACAGAGAGACAGGAUAUCCAAGUACGGAAGAAGGCCCAAGAAAAGGCCCUUCAGAAGAUGAAGCUGGAGCUGCGCUCCAAGAUGGAGAGGGAGAUAGGCGAGCUGCAGAAGAUUAUCGUCCAGAACGACGACGACGACUACUUCCACGACCUGGAGGUCCAAAGGUUACGGGGUCGCGUGCAAAUGGCUUCCUUCCAGUACAACACCAGCUGUCAGCACUGACCCCGCUAACGAGCUAGCAAUCUAUAGCUACCUGCCGCUAACUUUCCUUCGGCUGCUGAAAACAAACUCUAAAGUCUCUAAAAACCCACGGAUCGGAGUCCUACUCUUCGAUUUGUUUUAAAUACUUGAUUAUUUAAGAAUGAUAAAAAA